AUGUUAAAUUCUUUAUCAAACGAUUUAUCAAAAUUAAUCUUGGAUGCUGAAGAUUUCGAUUAUAAUGUCGUUAUUAAGGUUGGAAAAUCACCUAAUAUCUCUCGAUUUAAAGCACAUACUUGUAUAUUACGUUCCAGGUCUCCUUAUUUUUAUUCGGCUUUAUCUAAAAACUGGGCCAGGAAAGAAAGAAAUGUUAUCAUUUUCGAAAAACAAAACAUCACCGCCCAUGUUUUUAAUAUGAUAUUAGGGUACAUUGAAGAAGAUGCUAUUCAAGAACAUCCGACAACUUUGAUGGAUUUAUUGUCAGCCGCUGAUGAAUUAAUCAUUCUCGAAUUAAUUACUCAUGUACAAGUUUAUCUUCUUGAAAAGCACAUCGAAUGGAUUAGACAACAUCCUCUUCAGGUUCUGGAUCAUACAGCAUUUCGUCUUGAGACGUGUAUAAAAUUACAAGAUGUAUGCUUAAAAGUAAUUUGUUCGAAUCCGGAAUUAAUAUUCGGCACAACGGCUUUCACAAAUAUAGAAGAAUCGAUGCUGAUCUCUAUCCUUGAACGAGAUGAUCUUCAAUUGGAUGAGGUUGAUUUAUGGGAUUAUGUAAUACAAUGGGGAAUCGCUCAUACUUUUUCAUCAGAUCAAAUUUCAAUUGAUUAUCAAUGGUCAAGAAAUGACCUUUUAGAGUUGGCCGAAACCUUACAAAAUUGCAUUCCCCUUAUUAGGUUUAAUUAUAUAAACAAUAAGGAUUUACCAAUUAAACUAAAACCUUAUGAAGUGUUAUUACCGAAUAAACCUUCUGAAAAUAUAAAUUCAUUCAAAUAUUAUCAAAUUGAAACAUGCAGCACUCAUAGCUCAUUGGAUAGAUCAUCAAGACGACACGAACAUUCGCGUGUGUAG